GUCAUUGUGUUUCCUUCACUCGCUUCAAACAGAGACGCUCCAAAAAUGCAGCGGCUACUCAUGUUCACUCUGCUGGCAUCAUCUUUACUGUGGACAGUCUGCACUGGAGCAGAUUGGUGCUAUCAGUCCCAGUUCACAUGUGAUCAUCAGUGCAACGCACCUGAGAAGUGGAGCCAUGCCAACGGCAACUGUGCAGGAACACGACAGUCUCCCAUCAAUGUUGUCACCAGAAAGACUGUGAAAGACGAGCGUCUGACUCCUUUCAAGUUCAGCAACUACCAGGAGAUCUUCAGAGGCACUAUCAAGAACAACGGCCAUUCGGUUCAGGUCACAGUUCCUGAUCACCGCACCAUCUCAGGUGGAGGCUUGCCGGACAGCUACAAGGCUGUACAGUUCCACUUCCACUGGGGAAUUAAUGGAGGGCCUGGCUCUGAACAUACCAUCGAUGGAGAGCAGUAUCCAAUGGAGGUGCAUAUUGUCCACAUGAAGAGCCACUACACUGAUCUGAAAAGAGCACUAGCGGACGAAGAGGGAGUCGCCGUCCUUGGUUUUUUUUACGAGGCAUCCAAUAGUGGAAACCGAAAGUAUGACCCCCUAAUCAACGCUCUGCGGAGCAUCAAAACGCCAAAUGCAAACACGACUCUCGUCUCUGGUAUCUCCCUGGCACAGCUGAUCCCAUCAGAGCAGAAUAUGACCAACUACUACCGCUACAAGGGCUCACUGACCACUCCAGACUGCUCUCAGGCUGUGAUCUGGACUCUGUUUGAGAAUCCCAUCCCUCUGAGCACAGAUCAGCUGCAAGCCUUCGCUGAACUGAAGUUUCAUGAUGGAAAGCCAAUGGUGGACACUUUCAGGCCGGUGCAGCCUCUGAACGGCCGACAGGUCUACCGGUCGGGAAGUGCGGUGAUCCUGGCUAGCGCUGUUCUCCUUGUUGCCGCCAUGGCAACAGCCUUGGGACUGUCUCAGCCCAACUAGCGCGAGGUUUCCCCUGCUGUUCUGUGUGACUCUUCAGCUGAAGUUUGUAUUGUUGUCCUUGCAUGGUUGCUAAGAUGAUCAACCACAUUGUAGUGCAGGCAUGACUCACUUGGUGUUCUUUCCUUACAACACAAAUGACAAGGGCGUUGGCGAAAUGCCUUAUGAAACGUGCUGUAAGGAUUUGAUCAGCAUUCACGCAUGUGUAAUAAAGACAAACAGUAAGUCCUAUUUCAAGAGUGCAAAUUACUCAAAAUCUUGACACCGUUACCCUACAGACACCAGCAUAGAAGCACAUCACUCAUUGUCAGACACUUUAAACCACAUCCACCUUGUCCAAAGUCAGGUAAAUUUAGUUUCUGCUAAUGUCGGUGUGACUUACUGAUGGUUGUGCUGAUGCCAGCCUCAUGACCCGGCACAUGGUGUGUUGGUCUCAGUGGGGCAUGGGAACAACAUGGACCUAUUAAUAGCAGCAACUGAGUCUUGCCGCCAUUUAAAAGCCAGCGGUCAAACAAGUCAGCGGUUUGGCCUUUCGUUCUUUUCAAAGUCGGGGAGCACACAGUGCAGCCAUCAGGUGAAACCAUCACAUCCACUCAGUCAGCAGCUGUUGGAGAAUUGCUUUUCUCCCCAUGAAGAGCAUCCAUGCUGUUCUGUGAGUGCAGGAGCUGCUCUCCCUCUCUCUCUCUCUCUCCCACCUCCCACAGGCACAGAAUAAAGACAGCUGAUGACACAAAUGAAGCUUCAGAUAUACUAAUGCGAUAGCAACCUUUCUGAAAAACCAGCAACCAUUAAUGUGUCACCCUUUUUUUUUUUUUUUUGUAAACCAAACCGUGACCACACACAUCUCAGAUGCUCGCAUCAAUCCACGUGUCCCGACAUCCCAGAUGUUCAUCAUUAACUACAUAUGCACGGGUGAUGGAGUGAUGCUGAAUGCUGAACACACAAAACCGCACUGGCUGAAUUCACACACACACUCACCUCAGUCACUCCAUUUCCCACUGAUGACCAACUGAAGUUCAGAUAGCUCAUCAUGUGACCGUGUUUAUGGCUUGUAUUACUACAGGGUCUCGGAUGCACUGAAUGUUAUCGACUGUGAAUUACACCACGCUAAGUUCUCACUCAUUUAUUCAGCAGGACUCAUCAUGUAUUCUAGUGAGAGAUCUGUGCAGACUGCCAGCAAGAUAUAUUGUGAUGACGGAGCAAGGAAUUUGUAUGUUCUCCAUUGUUUCAUGAGGCAUCAAGUUAUAUUUCUAUGCUGUGUCAUUGUACAUGUGUAUUUAUGUACUGAAUGUGUAUAUUAAUAUGAGAUGCACAGUUGUUUAUUGUUAUUUAUGUAUUGCAAAGUUUAUAGUAUUGAAUGCAUACAGCAUAUGAAGCAGUGAGCUUCUCAUGACCAAUUGAUGUUCAAGAGAUUGUCAUGCUUGAAAAUAUCAUACAUAAUAUGGGGAAUGUGUUCCAACUGAACAAUAAACUACCUACAGUACAUGCCUUUUUAA